GCGGCGGGAGCAGUCGCACCGGAGAGGAGCAGCAGGCAGCGCCAAGAUGAGUCUGAGCGAGGACGACAAGGCCCACGUGAAGGGCAUCUGGACCCAUGUGUGCAGCCACGCCGAGGAGUUCGGCGCCGAGGCCAUCUACAGGAUGUUCGCGGUGUACCCGUCCAGCAAGACCUACUUCCCCCACUUCGACAUGUCCGCGGGCUCCGAGCAGAUCCGGCAGCACGGCAAGCGGGUGGUGACCGCCCUCUCCGACGCCGUGGCCCACCUGGACAACGUCGGCGGCACCCUCUCCAAGCUCAGCGACCUCCACGCCCAGAAGCUGCGCGUCGACCCCGUCAACUUCAGGUACUUAGCUCAGUGCCUCCUGGUGACCAUCGCCGUCCACUGCCGCGGCCUGAUGACCGCCGAGGUGCUCGUCUCCCUCGACAAGUUCCUCACCCUGGUCGGCAAGGUGCUCACCUCCAAGUACCGCUAGAGCCACCCGGCCCCCAGCAGCAGCAGCGGCAGCAGCGCCGGAGACCGACGGACCGACACCCCCCC